GUCGAAACGUCAAACCGGAGUGGACGAGCCAAACAGAGGUCCGUGUGGUUUGUGAAGACUUUCUUGGGCAGGCAGGACCUGCACUGUCACCCGCCCUGUGAGCAAUGUUAAAUAGACAGGCGAAAAAACACAAAUUUCUUCACCAUGGCCUCAUUAUUGGAACGGUUGGUUUUCCUUCAGAAGGUGCCAACACUUAUGCGAGCAACAUCAGAUGACGAAUCGCCCUGUCCCGGCUAUCUCUUUGAGGAAAUCGGCAAAAUUUCCCACGAGUCAGUGGGCUGCUGCCAGUGUCUUCUUGAGUACCUCUUGGAGAGACUACAGGUGGAGUCCUGUCAUGUCAAACUUAAGGUCCUGAAGAUUCUCCUGCAUGUAUGUGGCCAUGGACCACCUCACUUCCUCACAGAGCUACGGCGGAAUGCUACAUUUAUACAAGAAGUAAUCGUGUACAGUGGCCCUCCGGACCCCAUCCAUGGAAAUGCUCUCUUUCAGAAAGUCAGAAGCUCGGCUCAGGAGUUGGCUACCCUACUCUUUAAUGAUACCAUGUCCCCAGAUUCUGGACUGUCUCCACACAAAGCAGUGACACAAUCUGUGGGAAUGGGUUCAGAGUCACUCAGGUCUGGCAUGCAGGGGUUUGGAUACAGCCCAGGAAGGAAAGAAUCCAGUGGAGGGACUCUGUUGGACAAGAUUCAGAAAGCUGCCGAAGUGGUUGCCAGCGCUGUUCUUCCUCCAACAGAGCAUCCUGGCAUUCGUCUCCAUGAUAACCACUACCACGCUGUGGUAGCUCCCUCUGCUUCUGUGGAGAUAGCAGUGCCAGCAUGUGCCUACAACAUCCAAUCCCACGGCCACAGAGCAUCUCACAGAUGCCCCGGGCAGGCUGGUGGAGGCUGGGAGGAAACGGACAGUGGGCACAGCUCCUCACACAACUCAUCCCAGGAGGCUGCGGAAGCCAGCCAGACCUCACUGGGAGGAAGCAGUAAGUCGGGUGGCUCGGGCAGCCACUCCGGGGCGAGUCGAGAGAGCGGUGACCUAUCAGAGCGUGUGGAGGCCAUUCAGUUGGGGGACUGUGGUCAGGAGACGACACUGAUCAACAGACUGACCAGCGGUUCUAAAGUCUUCCUGUCCAGAGAAGAGAGCCAGCGCUUUAUCAAGGAAUGCUCCACUCUCAACUGUGAGGUGGUCGUUGAACUUCUGUCUCGCAAACUCCAGGACCGCACACAAAUCGUCCAGAUGAGGGCGUUGUGUGCUCUGGCCUGCCUGAUGUCUUCAGAUUUCCUCUCUUUAGACCAUAUUUUCAAUAUCACAAACAAACGCCUUGCUCAACUUAGUGAAGGAACCACAGGCCCUGUCGCCAACAAGGCAACCAAGCUCUUAAGGCAGUUUGAGGCCUUGCUUGGUUGUGUCACAAACUCCAAAUGUGACCGGGCUGGACGUCCAUCCUCUACCAGCUCUUCGCUUUCAGAUCAACCUCUUGAAUCUAUAACUGUCUCCUUUGUUCCGGGACAACUAGGAGAAAACGCAACCCCAUCAGAGGAGACCCCAUCUACACAACACCUGCAGGGUAACAGCCCUGUACCUGUGUCUCAUAUGAAAAGAGAACAAGAAGAGCUGGAGUGCAGGAACACAGAAAAAUCUAAGCUCUCAGAGCCACCCAGACUGUCACUCUUCAGUGGAAUGGAGUUAGUCAACAGAAGCAAACCUGUAUGUUUGGUUGAGCCUGUUCUUGUCGAGUCAGACGCACAGAUGAGUGUAGAAGCCACUACAGGCACAGACUGUGCAAUUGAGAAAAGCUGUGAGAGAACUGCAGGCUCACACACAUCUACUGAGCAAGUGUCUGUCUUCUCUUUCCUUAAUCUGUGAUGCCAACAUUCAUUUACAGUUAUGUGUUGAUUUGGGGGGAAAAUAACUUAAUUCAAAUCUAAUAAUGAUAUAAUAAUUGCUGCAAGUGCCCACGUUUACAUGCACAUGAACAUUUUAGUCUGCUGUAAUCUGAUUUGUUGUCAUUACUAUUCAGAAUGUCUAAAAACUCCAGUAUUUUCACCAGGGAAUAGCAAGAAAAAAACACGCAUGUCUUAGUUUAUAUGCUGAUUACAUGUAUACAGGAAUAUA